AUGUCUGGAUUGGUGGUGAACGAAGCAAGUGCUCCAGCAUCUCCAUCAACACCACCUGUUGUUGGGAACUUGGCGGGUGCCAAUGAAGGAAGUGUGUUGAAACGUCCCCGUGGUCGUCCACGCGGAUCGAUAAACAAACCAAAACCUGUGGGUGAAGGAAGUGUUGUCAAAGACAAGCGUGAAAAGGCAAUUCCUAUUAGUCAGCUUACGGUCCAAUGUGCAACUUGUUUCAAAUGGAGGGUAGUUCCAUGGAUGGAGAUCUAUGAAGAGAUAAGGACAUAUCUGGAGGAAGAACCUUUCUUCUGUGACGUAGCAUGCCAAUGGAAACCAGGAAUGUCCUGUGAAGUUCCUGCCGAUAUAUCACAGGAAGGUACAGAACUUAUUUGGGCUCUUGAGAGUCAUUUGAUCCCUCGCCCACCCGUUGGAUGGAGGCGUCUGACGAAGAUCAGAAAUGAAGGAGGAUCUUGUUUCGCUGAUAUCUAUUAUAUCACUCCUUUAGGACAGACGCUUCGAUCGGGACCAGAGGUCAUAAGGUACUUGAAAGAAAACCCGCAAUACAUAAUAGAAGGGAAGAGGAUUGAGGAACAGGUUAAGGAACAGUUCUCGUUCAAAAUCCCGAAACCGCUGCAGGAGGACUAUGUGAGGAAGCGCCCAGCUCAAAAAAUGAAUCCAAGUGGUAAUUCAAACGCUAUUGUAGCUACUGGAGAAGGUCCAUCGGCAUCUACUCCAAAUACAUGCUUGGCGUUGGUAAUAUACCAGCCACCUGAGGAGCCUCAACUCCAUGCAUCUCCAGAUGAACAAUGCUUAGCGAUACAGCUAUAUGUUCCAGCGGCAUGGAGAUCGCAGUCACAGUUGCUGCCAGAUGUGCCACCGCAGCCUGAGCCUGAACUCCAUGCAUCGGCAUCGAGAUGUCCUGAAGAGCAGUUAGAGUUGCGGCUAGAUGUGCCACCGGAGCCUCAACUCCAUGCAUGGCCAUCUAGAUCUCCAGAAGAGCAGUUACAGUUGCUGCCAGAUGUGCCACCGGAGCCUGUACUCCAAGAAUUGCCAUGGAGAGCUCCAGAUGAGCGGUUACCGUUUAUUCAAUUUGAACCACCCGAGGCUGACCUUAACGAAACGUUAUGGAGUGGCUUGUCUCCGUUGAAGCAAUAUGAGCCAGAUGAGUCUGAUACUGCAACGCACUUUAGAUCUAUAAUCCGAGAUGUGGCAGCCAAGCAAGAGCUUCACGGUUCAGAUGAUCGACCCGCGAAAAGGAUAAGAAGAUUAGACGGAGCAUCCACCUCUGGUGUCAAUGAUGGUGUCAAUGAUGGCUGA